AUGUCUGCGUCCUCGCCGUCCACUCGCCCUUGGGACGUCUACGCGGAGCAGCUGUCACCCUGCGGCUAUGGUUACCCCCUCUGGAGCCCCGAACACGCGAAGCACGGCGGAGUGCACAUUGGCGAUGUUGGAUACCUGCAAAACGGCCAUUUCAGCCGCAUGUUCAAUGCCAUGCGCGCGAAAGACGACGAGCUGAACAGGUAUGGUGUGCCCGAAGGAUACACACCAUUUACUGCUGGUCCAUACUUGAAGGAGACCUUCAAGGAUGCCCUUCCUGCGGGCCCCCUAUGCAGCGUGGGGGUGAAGUUUGAGAGCAUUAGUACAGAGCAUGAAAGCAAAGGAGUUGCAGGUCCACUGAGCUUCCGAUGCGAGAAAGAGCGAGGAGCAAUUCUAGUUAUGAAAGAACCAGCUACUCGCGAGGAAUUCCAUCCAAGUCGUAAUAUGAUGACAUAUAUGCGCCAAAACUACAAGAGCUGGAUCGAUUUUGCUGAGAAGCUGGGUCUGCAAGGCGUAGGGGUCGAUGACAUCAUGUUCGUACGUGGGUGGGUGAAGACGGCGGACUGGGCAGUCGCAGUAUUUGACGAUCGUGACCAUGCGAAACCUGGGCAGCUGACAUUUCGGGGCCGAUUCGGGGUGCCUGCCAAUGUUGCCUUUAUGUCCGAUUCAUCCAAGGGAGACGAGCUUCCCGUGGAUUGUGACUCCGGGCCUCGUCGUUCGACGCACGCGAGAAGGGCUUCCAGUCUUUCGAGCAUCGGGAGAGGUCUGCUCAUGAAGUCCCCACUGGAGCGUGAUCAAUGCGUUUUCCUGCUGUACUACAGGUUGAAAUUGCGGACGAAAAUCCCUCGCAAGAUGAAGGAAACUCCUGUGCCAUCAUCGGAGGACAGUCAGAGCUCUGAGACCGACUUAUUGAAGCACAAACCGACACCUGCACUCGGAGUUCAGGAUGAACUAGAUGGUUCACACUGGUCUGCAUCUUCCAUAACGGGCCUGCUGCCAUUUGGCCGGCGAUUGAAGUCGAUACGACAAGAUGAGAAGCGGAAAAGCCGUGAGGUUCACCACCACGUCCAGCGUGCUUCGUCUGGGAAAAAGAUGGUUGGAAUUGAACCUACUCAUCACCGUUACACGCCAUAUGAUCCUCUUACGUCUGUUCUUGAUUAUAUACUCUCGAAAUCGGAUGCGAAAGUUGCAAUUGCCACAAACACUCCUGAGCUAUCGUAUCUAAGCCAUGACCCCGUGUUUCCGAGGAAUCUGCAUGUCAGGGUCGAUGAAGGACUUGCGAAGGUCGCAUAUACUUCGUCUUAUUCGAGUCUCAACCUCAGGAGCGCCAUCCACUAUUGCCUGCAUGCUCUUCCGUGCGAAGAUCUCUUCGAUGACUACGUCAUCUGCGACAACCUCGCGGUCCUCUUAAGUGCCUCGUACCACGAACUACAUGAUAUGGAGGACCUGGAAGGGGCCAUCCAAUGGUGCAAGUACUCGGUUGAUCGUCGCCAACCGAACCACGAAACCCGUCGCAUCGCGCUUCUGCGCAAUCUCACCGUCUUAUAUCAAACUCGCUUCAAGAAGACACAUCACGUUGAAGACCUUGAAGAAGCGAUUGCUUAUUGCAGAGAAGCACAGGGACAUUGUCCGACGAACCAUAUCAUGUACCUUUCCCUUGUAGGUGCACUGGCCGACCUACUCGAUACUCGUGGCUCUCUUCUGCAUCGCAAGGACAAACGCGAAGCUACGAAGUACCGAGAAGAGCGAGCUACGAAACACCUUCCGGAAAACUAUCAGGAAGAUCCUAGUUACACUGAGACGUUUGUCGAGUCGUGGUUCCUCUCCGGUUCCGCGCAUAAAGCCAAUUCUGCACAAAGCAUCAACAUGAGGCAACUCGGAACGCUGCUAUGCCUGCUAGGGGAUUGGCCCAGUGAGACGCGACUGAAGGAUAUCGACGAGCGCCUUGACCACUCAAUGUUCCGCAAAUCCGAGUCGACCAUCUCCAAAGAUGUAUUUUCGACAUUGAUUCACAACCUGCAUCGCUGGUUUCAUUUCGACGUUCAACGCAUCGUCGCUGCAAUUAGAUGCCUCACGUUACCCAUGGGUAGAGAAGGGAGAUACCAGGACGAUCCCGCUGCGCGUGUUCUUGAUCACAUGCUAGAGCGCGCUUGUCAAACCGGAGAUACAUCUCAAACAGGCACGGAAAGUGCGUCGUCGUCGAGUGGAUGA